AGCCUCUCACACAAGAAAAGCUCGAAUAGCUUCACAUUCGAGCUCAAAACCUCUCACAUCUCGCAAGCUCUUGUAGCCCGACCUCUUCAAGAGGUCUCACAGCCAAAGAUGGCCUUCUCGAGCAAGAACGCCUUUGCCCUUCUGGGUGACGACGACGGACCGGCGCCCGUUGCCGCUGCUCCCAAGGCUGCCGCCCCUGCUGCCCCCGCGGCCGCCCCCCGCAACGUCGUUGGUUCGGGACGAGGUGCUCCCCGUGGUGGUGCUGCCGCUGCUGGCCCCCGUGGUGGUCAGCGUGCGCCAAGGAACGCCGAUGCUGCUGCUGCUGGCGGCGCUGAGGACGGUCAACAGACCCGUGAUGCUCGUGAGCCUCGCAAGGGACGUGGUGGUGACGGCCGUGGCCGUGGCCGCGGUGGCCGCGGUGCCAAGGGUGGCCGACUUGACCGUCACUCUCAGACCGACCGAGUCGACUCGGAGAAGAACAUUCACCAGGGAUGGGGCGGUGACGAUGGCAAGCGCGAGCUCAAGAACGAGGAGGACGCUGUCGCAGACGCCAACGCCGAGGCCACCCCCGCCAACGGCGCUGCUACCCCCGCUACCGUCGAGGGAGACGAGGCUGCCCCCGCUGCUGAGGCCGUCCCCGCUGAGGAGGUCGACAACACCAAGACGCUCGACGAGUACCUCGCUGACAUGGCUGCCAAGAAGGCUACGCUCGGCGGCAAGGCCGUCACUCCCCGCACCGUAGAGGGAGGCCAGUGGGAGGGCUUCGGCAACAAGGUCGUCAAGUCACAAUCGGGCGGCGACGAGUUCUACGCUGCCACCAAGGCGGCCAACGAGCGCAAGCAGCGCGAGAGGAAGGAGAAGCAGACCCUCGACAUUGAGCAGACGUUCAACACUCCCCCCGUCGCCUCGCGCGGUGGACGUGGUGGUGCCCGCGGUGGACGCGGCGGUGACUUCGGUGGGCGUGGACGUGGUGAGGGCCGUGGACGUGGUGCCCGUGGUGCCCCCCGUGGCGCUCGUGGUGGAAACGCCGGCCCCAAGGUCAACCUCGAGGACACUCGCGCUUUCCCCUCGCUCUCGUAAGAGGCGAGCCCAAGCAAGCUCACAAGCAAUGUGUCGAGGCCGAGAGAGGGUCGGAUAGGCAGGAUCGGCUUCCGCAGCACGUCAGCACGUCACCCUUCUUUUCACUCCCUAACAAGCACCGACCAAACAGCCAAACACCCCAUCAGCUCAUUCUUUCAAAAACAAAGGGGGCGCGCGUCUCGACUCGUCGCCUCUCCAAGAUCCGCAAACAAUCGAAUCGUCAGUCGCCUCAGUACUUGGGUCUCGUUUCUCCUACUCUCCCUCUACAUCCAUCAACCUUGUCU